AUGGACCCUGGUGACAUUGCCCAAGAAGCAGCGGAAGCCAAUGAUAUCAGUGUCUACAAGUUAGUCAUAGCAGAAAUACCGCCCAAAGAUUCGUCUCCUGCACCUCCUUCACCCCCUCAAAAUUCUCCUUCUCCCUCCUCCACUUCACUUCUUCGCACUCCUCUCUCCCCUGUGAUCUCUCUUCUGUCCCAACCUCCACUUCGUACUCCCUCCCAUGAAAUCCCUCGUUCUCUCUCCAACACUUCAACUCCCUCUGAAACUCCUCCUUCUCUUUCCUUCACACCUUCACUUCACACUCCCUCACCUGAAGUCCCUCCUUCUCGCUCCCACACACCACCACUUCGCACUCCUCCAUCACCUCAAAGUCCUCCAGACUUCUUAGUUUCCUUCUCUUCACCUCUUCGGUUGUCUUCAUUUUCCUCUCCUUAUACCUCACCUUCAGUCUCUGUCAUGUCUGAUAUGUUCUCCUCCCCACAUCCUUCACCAUCUGAUACUAUCCUGAUGGUGCAGGAUGAAUCAGAUUUCUCUUCCGAUGAGGAUAAUCAAGUAGAGAUACCCCAAAUAUGUUUCCCGCAUCCUCGUGAGGAAUAA